AUGGCCUCCCGUUGUUCAGACUACCGAACCACCCGUGAAAACCGCUCCGCCUUCCGAGACCGUCACCUGGCCUCCCGUUGUUCAGACUACCGAGCCUCCCGUGAAAACUGCUCCGCCUUCCGAGACCGUCACCUGGCCUCCCGUUGUUCAGACGACAGCGCCUCCAUCUUCCUCCGAGACGGUCACCUGGCCCCCGGUAGUUCAGACUACCGAGCCACCUGGCAAAACUGCCCCACCCUCCGAGGGGGCCACGUGGCCUCCUGGGCACCUCCAUCGUCCUCUGAGACAGUCACUUGGCCUCCCGUUGUUCAGACGACCGAGCCACCUGUGAAAACGGCCCCACCCUCCGAGACGGUCACCUGGCCCCCCGUAGUUCAGACUACCGAGCCACCCGUGAAAACCGCUCCGCCUUCCGAGACCGUCACCUGGCCUCCCGUUGUUCAGACGACAGCGCCCCCAUCCUCCUCCGAGACGGUCACCUGGCCCCCUGUAGUUCAGACUACCGAGCCACCUGUCAAAACUGCCCCUCCCUCUGAGACUGUUACAUGGCCUCCCGUUGUUCAGACUACCGAGCCACCCGUGAAAACCGCUCCGCCUUCCGAGACCGUCACCUGGCCUCCCGUUGUUCAGACUACCGAGCCACCUGUGAAAACUGCUCCGCCUUCCGAGACGGUCACCUGGCCCCCCGUAGUUCAGACGACAGCGCCUCCAUCUUCCUCCGAGACGGUCACCUGGCCCCCUGUAGUUCAGACUACCGAGCCACCUGUCAAAACUGCCCCUCCCUCUGAGACGGUCACGUGGCCUCCUGUGGUUCAGACUACCGAGCCACCCGUGACGGACACUCCCGAGACGACAACAGCGCCUCCAUCAUCCUCCGAGACGGUCACGUGGCCUCCCGUUGUUCAGACGACUGAGCCACCCGUGAAAACGGCCCCACCCUCCGAGACUGUCACCUGGCCUCCCGUUGUUCAGACAACCGAGCCACCCGUGAUUGAUACUCCUGAGACCGUGACGGAUGUGCCCACAUACGAAACGCAGCCUCCAGUCUACACCCCGACACCGGACCAGGGCACUGAGGAAACCCCGGCCCAAACUCCAUGCCCCGACACUGAUGAGGUUUACACACCAAUGCCGACUCCGGAUGAUGACAAUGAAGAAACGCCAGCGACAGAGGCACCGUACGGCACGCCCGAGACGCCAACCGAAGAACCGGAUGAUGACACUGAAGAAACGCCAGCGACAGAGGCACCGUACGGCACGCCCGAGACGCCAACCCAAGAACCGGUAGAUGACAACGAAGGAACUCCCGCGACAGAGGCACCGUACGGCACGGUGGAGCCACAAACUGAAGAACCGGUAGAUGACAAUGAAGGAACCCCAGCGGACACUGACGCUCCGGACUACGACUCGGAUGCUCCAGGAACGGUGGUUGUUAUUGACGAGGAACCCGACACCCAGGAAACCACGAGCCAGGAGCCCGAGACCACGUACCCAACCGGUCGCAGCCUUCGCCGCAACUAACGACGAAGUCGCCACCAGUACUUUGCUUCCAUUUGAGGCAUUUGAGUCGACGAUCUCGGGAAUUGCUGCUUCGUAGUGUUUCGUGUUUCCAUUCAUUCACAGCUGUUCUGUCGCCAGUAGACUUGACGCUAUGCACGGGUAAAUAAAUACAUACAUAUUCAUUUCAUGA